AUGGAUGCAGACAAUUGUAGUAAUGCACUCAUUUUGUAUGAGGCUGCUAUAAGUGAAAUCGAAAGACGUUUGAAUGAGGUAAAACGUGUUGAACAGUUGUCUACAGCAGUAAUUAAGCUGCGUUUAGGGUCCCUUCAGAAAGCAGCUGAUUCACUACAGACAGCCGCUUCUGAAUAUUAUAAGGAAAUUAAGGGUCGAGAAUUAGUAAAUGCUAUAAAGAGGACUAACGGUUACCUCUCUAGCGCGGACAACGAAAUCUCCAAACUCACCGAUCGGUUAACAGCACCCACACCCGCGCCCGCCCCAGCGCCCGCGCCCACACCUGUUAAUCUGACACCUGCGGUGCCUGCUACCCCUAGUAUUCCACAACCUAAGUUGCCACAAAUUACGAUACCUACUUUUGAUGGCAAAAUUGAGCAAUGGUAUCCUUUUUGGACUGUUUUUAAAGCAGUUAUUCAUGAUAGGCAGGACAUGAAUGAUGUCAUCAAGUUUACUAUGUUGAAUAGUUAUCUUAAGGGUAAAGCACGCGAAACCGUUGAGGGUUUAGCUAUAACUCCAGCUAAUUAUACUGCAGCAAUAAGCUUACUGAAAACUCGUUUUUCCAACGUUGGGAAAUUUGAAAACUUAAGAAAUUGGCUGUUAAGUUUACUGCACCCUGAGCAUGAUGCAGAGCAAUUGGUGGAUUUCCUUAUGAAAUGGAAUAGCAUUGUUCAUCAGUUAGACGCUUUACCAGGUAUUACGAGCGGCGAUUCUAAUGAGAAAGGAAUUAUCAAGCAGUGUUUAUCAAAGGAAACAUUGCAAGCCUUGUAUCAGAUAUGA